AUGUUGGUCUUGUCGUAUCUUAUCCUCCAAAUAGUUACACUCUCAGCUCUAAGUCAACAAUGUAACGUAAGGGUAACCUCAAGUGGCAGGGUUUGUGUUUGUAAUUCAACCUAUUGUGACUUCGAACCAAAAUGGAAGCCAGUAGCUGGGCACUACAGCCUUUACACUACCAGCAAAGAACGUCCUGGUUUUUCAGUGAAGACCAACGAAUUCUCUUACAAUCGCUUCAAUUCGGAAUAUUGGACCGUCCAGGUGGACGUAAAGGCUAAAAAACAAAAAAUUUUGGGCUGGGGUGGCGCAUUUACGGACGCCACAGGUAUAAAUAUCCACCAGUUGCCCCAAGGUGCCCAAGACAAUUUGCUCAGAAGCUACUUUGGCGAGGACGGCGUCGACUACAGCCUUUGUCGUGUGCCUAUAGGAGGCACCGACUUCUCCACCAGACCGUACUCUUACGACGAUCACCUUGAUGGUGUAGGUUUGCCCAACUUCAAGCUUCAAGAAGAAGACAAAGAUCACAAAAUUCCCGUAAUCGAAGCGGCGAAGAAGUUGAAGGGGGGGAACAGUUUGAAGCUGUUUGCGACUGCUUGGACUGCUCCUCCAUGGAUGAAGACCAAUAAUGGAUGGACUGGCUUUGGAAGGCUUAAAGAUGAGUUCUAUCAGUUGUGGGCUGAUUAUCACGUUAAGUUUUUCGAAGCUUAUCGACAGAAUGGGAUAGAGUUUUGGGGUAUGACCACUGGUAACGAACCUUCACUUGGUUUUGUGCCCAAUUUUCUUUCCAAACUGAAUGCUAUGUCUUGGAUGUCAUUCAGAAUGAACAAGUGGGUUGGCGACAAUCUUGGGCCAACAAUUAGGUCUUCAAAUUUCUCACAUUUAAAGAUAAUGUUACAUGAUGAUAUUAAAGUAACUUUACCAGUGUUACGUACGCAACUAAGAAAUCCAACAACUGUAGACUUUGCUGAUGGAGUGGCUGUACAUUGGUACUGGGAAAAACUUUUACCCGAUUCCGUCUUAGAUCUCACAGUUUCACCUUUAAAAGACUUGCUCCUGUUAGCCACUGAAGCAUCUAAUGGUUAUCUCCAUGGAUUACGACUGGAAAAGGCAGUGGAACUGGGAAGUUGGCCAAGAGCAGUAAACUAUAUUAAAAGCAUCUUCUUGGUGAGCCCCACAGAAACCGAUAAACCAAAACACCAACACAAAUUUCAGGACAUCAGUUACAGGUCAGCCGGUUGGAUUGAUUGGAACAUGGUACUGGACCAAGAUGGCGGACCAUGUUACAUCAACAACAACCUGGACGCCCCCAUUAUCAUCAACUCCGCAGCUGGAGAGUUUUACAAGCAACCCAUGUUUUAUGCCCUGGGCCACUUUGCCAAAUUUUGUCCCCCUGAUUCGACUAUACUCGAAAAUAAAAUCGGGUGGAGGUUGGAAAACAUCCAAGCCAUGAGUUGCUUGAGGCCAGACGAUAGUCUUGCCGUGUUUUUGUUUAAUUCGGGUGAUCGAAAUGUGUCCCUCUUUGUUUCUGAUGGGAAAAGAGUUGUUGAGGAAACAGUCGAAGCUGAUUCGAUCAAUACCUUCCUUUGGUCUUUAUAA